AUGCACUUCCCUUCUAUUCUUCCCUUUGUCGCUUUGGGCCUUGGAGUAGCCAAUGCCGCCGCUAUUGACGACAGCGACAUGCUCGAUUCCCGUGCACCUCGGUGUGAGGCAGGCAUCAACCUGAUCAGACUCGAUCUCAGGCAUGGUAAAUCAUUCACUGGGUUUGGCAAACCAGGCGACUGCAAAAAUCUCCCAAGGAAUGUCAAUAACUUUGAUGUUGAUUCCCGAGGCACUAAGUCGCUUGUGCCAUGCUUUGAGUGCACGGUAUACGAGAAAUCCGAUUGUCAGCCUGGUGACAGCAUAACGAUUGGAGGCAGUAGAGCAUUCAAGGCUAUGGGCAAAAAGAAGCAGCACUGGAGGAGCUGGAAGUGCGAGUGCAAGGACUAAACGGCAACGAUGAAGAGUAUAAGAUUGACUCUGGAGGAGACAGUGGCGGCAGAAAGGGGAAGACUAGUAGGG